UUUUCGCAUUUAUCCAAAGAUGGGCCGACUGGAUGCCCUCUACGCACCAUCGCGCACUUUAGCACCCCUUCCCGUUGUUUCUGGGUCCUUCCCUUCCUUCUCUCUUUUAUCUCUCCUCGUCUCUAUUCGAUCCCCUAAUCCACCUUCAAGCCCUAGGCUCCACCGCUUUCUGUCGCCUCGCCCAAUCAGGAUUCGCUCAGCGUUGUCUCUCGCCUUUGCGCUUCAAGAAUCGCUCCAUUCGAUUUGGUUUUGGGAAAAUCGAACUCGAAUCAGGUUGCUGUCAUAAAAAAUAAUUCUAUCUGGAGAUUCGUAACGGACAUGCAGGGAUAUGAUAGAGAUGGCUAUGAAGAUUUCAGUGAGUAUGAAGAAGAUGUUGAAGAGGAAGGUGAAGAGGAAUAUGAAGAAGAAGAAGAAGCUCCACAACCCACGCAAGAGGAAUUGGAAUACCUUGAAUUGAGGCAGCAAUUAAAAGAUUCCUUCAGAAAGCAGAUAAAGAAGGAAUCUGGUUCUUCUCAUGUAAAUUCCCAGGAGAAAAAGAAGAAAUUGCCCUAUGAGAAUUUUGGAUCGUUCUUUGGGCCCUCAAAGCCCGUAAUUGCUCAAAGAGUAAUUCAGGAGAGCAAGUCAUUAUUGGAGAACCACCAUAUGGCAGCCAAGGUUGCAAAACCCUAUCAUGAGAAAAGUAAGAGCUCUUCAUCAACCACUACUGGUUCCAAGUCUCAAGUCCGUGAUCACCGUCCUAAAGCUGUAAAUGAGUUGAAAACAAAAGUCCAGAAACUGAAAGAUACUAGGGAUUACUCUUUUCUAUUGUCUGAUGAUGCACAAAUUCCAGCUCCUACAAAAGAUCAUCCAUCUCGAAAUUUCCCAGCUCGAAAUUCUGAGGCUCGAUCAACUCAAGUGCCAGCAAGGAGCAAGCAGUCAUUAACUAAUACUGGAAGACAAGUUCCCAAUGGUCGUGAAGAGCGGAAACCAUUGUCCACAAGUAGCCAAAUGCUUCCUAAGUCAGGGCCACCAAGAACUCCUGCUAGUAAACCUAUUCAGAAAGCAUUUGAUCCUAGAAAGCAGAUUGGAAAUAGUAAUGGGAGUGGGCCAGGUCGGCCCGUGGGGCCAAAGAGUUUGCCUUCUAAGACGCCAGCAGCAACUACAGAGAGGAGGGUCUCCGCAGCAGGUGCAAAGAGUUCUGUUCCUAGUGUGCAUAGGCCACCUGCUUCCAAAUUGCAUUCUUCGGCUUCAAAGCAAGUUCUAAAACAUCCUUUGGACAUGAAGAAAGAAUUUCAAGAAUCUAGCCGAGCAAAACAGCUUCCAAAACAGCCAGUGCCAUCCUCUAAACCGCAGAUAAACAAGCCACCUGUGAAAAUUUCAUCUCGUCCUACAAUCCGAGAGGAUCGCCCAAAGAAAAGGCCUGCAAGACGGUACUCUGAUGAUGAGGAUGACGAUGAUGGUGGAAGAGCUAUUAGCAUGAUUAGAAGCAUGUUUGGGUAUAAUCCUAACAAGUAUGCUGAUGAUGACGAGGAUGAUAUGGAUAUGGAGGCAAACUUCGAUGAUAUUAUGAGGGAGGAGGACAGAAGUGCAAGAAUUGCAAGAAAAGAAGACGAAGAAGAAUUACGCAAAAUAGAGGAAGAAGAAAGGAGGGAGCGGUUGAGAAAGAAGCGUAAGCUGAGCCAGCGAGUUCCUGGCUUGUGCAUGGCAAGCAGAAUCGCAGCUGUUUUUGAUUCGUACAUGAUACCAAAAACAUAUUAUCUUGAGACAAUUAAGGUGUUACGAGCCUGUUGUGAAGAGAAAGUAGGCUGCAUGAUAAAGUUCCCUCCCUGCUUGCCCCUCACUGGCUGGCUAGAGGAUAGUGAUGAAGAUCUUCCCGUAGCUUUCUCGCUCCCUCCAGCCGUCCAGACGGACAUGUCGACCGUUCUACACGCGUCGGUUCACUGUCUUCCGGCUUUCCCCAAGACCACUGGAGGAGGAAACUCCAAAUCUCUCAAAUCUCGUGCUCGGUUACGUUCCUUGGGGAAGAACAGGAUGGUCAAUGACUUUUCUGGAGGAUCUUUUCGAAUGGAGUUAACAGGCCAUGAUAAUUCAGAGAUUUCUCAGGAAGUGAUGAAUAGUGUACCAGAGAAGAAACAUGAGGAGAUUGGGCGACUCUUCAAGGAAGCACAGCGAAACAUUCUGUACCUGAACAAACAACGCAUGAUGGCUAUGGUGGAGUUGGACAAAACCUACAGAGAGAAAACAUUUUUGCUUGGUCGAAUAGAACAACUGGAGAGGAAAAACAAGUCCUACUUCGGAAAAGAUAAAUUGUCAAUCAGCUCGGAACUGCUGCUUAGAGUAGACUCGAUGGUCCUUACAGGCAUGAUUGGUGCUGGGGAGGCAUCUGAUUUGAGAAGGAUGAUCGUGGACUCAAAAUUUAGUAUAGCCAAUGAGUUGUUUGAAAUCCUGCAUAGAAGAGAUGUUGAACUUCUAGCAGCACUCCGCCACUUCUCAGACAAAAGCAGAAUGAAAGGUUUUCACAUUGUCCAUAUUUGUACUGAAAUGGCACCUAUUAUCUCCAUUGGAUCCUUGGCAUCAUAUGUAACAGGGCUAUCCUGUGCACUACUGAGAAAGGGUCAUUUGGUGGAGGUUAUUUUACCAAAGUACUCGAGCUUAAACCUGGAUGAGGUACAAGGGUUGAGAGAAAUUGAGGCAGAGUUCUAUUCAUAUUUCAAUGGUCAAUUGCAUGUAAACAGAAUUUGGACAGGUGUUUUAUAUGGCAUUGGAAUUACAUUCAUACAACCUAUUUACUAUUCAUCAUUCUUCAAUGGUGAGAGGGUAUAUGGCUACUCAAAUGACUUUGAACGAUUCUCUUAUUUCUCCCGAGCUUCAUUGGAUUAUAUAGUAAAAUCAGGAAAGCAACCUGAUGUUUUACACAUACAUAACUGGCAAACUGCUGUCAUUGGGCCACUUUUCUGGGAUGUUUUUGUUAAACAGGGUCUUGGAGGUACAAGGAUAUUGCUGACAUGUCAUGGUUUUGAUUCUCAGUGUCUUGAGCAACCUAACAAGCUAGCAUUGUGUGGACUUGAUCCGUCUAGACUACACCGUCCUGAUCGCUUGCAAGAUAACUCUAAGACACAUCUUGCCAACAUUUUAAAGGGCGGAAUUGUUUACUCCAAUAAGGUUAUAAUAAUGUCCUCUGUGCAUUCAAAAGAUACGAUUAUUUCUUGCUUGAGCCAGGGGUUGGAAUCCACAUUAGCCAUUCACAAGGAUAAGUUGCUUCUUGCUCCCUAUGGAUUUGACAAUGCCACCUGGAAUCCUUCUGUGGAUAAAUAUCUUCCACAGACCUAUAGUGCAGAUGACGUGAAGGGGAAAGCUGUUUGCAAAGUUGAACUACAGCAGCAAUUGCGAUUAUCUGAGAAUGCUUCUACUGUUCUUGUUGGCUGCAUUUUUUCAGGAGUAUUGGACAUUGACCUAGAGAAUUUCAAGGCACUUGUAUUGGCAGCUUCCAGAAAAGGUGUCCAGUUCGUCUUUAUGGGGACGGGCAAAGUUCCAGGGAUAAACUGGGCACUGGAAACCUUUCAGGAAGAACUCCAGGAUGACUGUGUAAGAUUUUUAAAUGAAUAUGAUGAAGCCUUAUCUCAUCUAAUCUUCGCCGGAUCUGAUAUUGUAUUAUGCCAAUCUUUUCAUGACCCAUUGCUCCAAGUGCCGCUGAAGGCUGUAAGAUAUGGAGCUGCUCCAGUUGCAGCAACUCUGAUUGAUAAGCACUUCAGGCAGGUCAUAGAUCAUGACCAUGAUAGCAGCCAGUUCUCACGGUACAUUGCCAACACCUUUGGUCAUGUAUCUUUAAGCCAAGCAAUUGACGAAAUUUGCCUUGUCCAAUUGCAGAAGAACAAUCCGGCCAAGUGGAAUAGGAAGAUAAUGGAUGCUAUGACAAAAGACUUCUCGUGGGAUGCAGAGUGUUGUGACAUACAUGUUAGUGCUUACACGUCGAUAAAGAAUUUGUGAAGCAGGUUUGAGUUUUCAAUUUCUCAUGUACUGUUGUAUACUUGUAUGACUAAUGUGUGCACUGUGCACAUGCAUCUGUCUAUGAUGAAAUGAUAGUGCCUAAGAUUAUUCUCUUUAAAGUUAUUGUUAAUGAGUCCAACAAAUCUGUACUUAACUAUCGUGUUACCACUUGAAGGACUCGACCAUAUUCGUAAAA